AUGCAAGAAGCUCUUCAACGUCAACUCCUUGCUGCAGACGGAAAGAGAGAAGAGAAGAAGAAGAGGAGGGAAGAGGCUCACAGGCAGUCUAUUUACCAGAUGGAGGACGCCCAGGAGCGGACACGGCAUCUUGGACGAGGAGUAUCCAAACCCAAAAAGAACACAGUUGCGUCAUUGCUGGAACAGUGUCGUGCAGCGGGCAUAAAGCCUUCAACCCUACCUCUGCCCCCCACUACCUCCAUAGCAGCCACACCAGUCACUACCUCCCCCCCUCUGCACGUGUCUUCGUUGCGCGCGGGGGACCCUAUCUCGGCAGCUUCUCCAAUUGUCAACUCCCGGUCCUCGCCAUCACCAGCGUCGCAAUCUCUUCCUCCAACAUUACUGCCUGGGCUCCCGACGAAUCUCCCUCCGUCACUCUCUGCCUCUCUAGGGGCCCCACUACCCCCUCCAGUUGUCCCCACACCUCCUGUACCCUCCCUGUCCAUCUCUGCCAUCGCCUCCACUCAAGCCUCCACCACCUCUGAGGUUUCUACUACAAUCACUCUGACGACAACAUCCUCCCUGUUGUCCUCCACUUGCUUAACACCUCCUAUGGACUCCCCCUCUACUCCAUCAACCACCACUACCACCACAACAUGCACUACUCCUUGCACUUCCUCCAUCUCGUCCCCAUUGCCUCCCUCAGCCUCCACAUCAUCUGUGGCUGGUUCUGGCUCAGGCUCUGGCUCUGCUGCCACCUCCAUGUCCUCCACCUCUGCCCCUCCUCCUGCCUCCUCUUCCCCUUCUUCCUCUGCUACCACUUCUUCCUCUUCCUCUUCCUCUGCCACCAUCACUACCAACUCUUUAGCCACCUUGUCCAGUCUACCUGCCUUGUCCAAUUUACCCCCUAUACCUGGCCUGGCCACGCCUCCCUUGUCGUGUGUCUCUGCAUCCACAACUCCUCCACCUCCCAUUCCAUCAGCCACCUCUAUAUCCAGUCUAUCAACAGGGAUCUCCUUGACAUCCUCAUCCACACCUCCUAUAAUGGCCUCCACCUUGUCACUGCCCCUUCCCUCUGCGCUGUCCCUUUCCUCUUCUGUGAGCAUAACGUCAGUGGCCCCCGAGACCACCAUGGCAUCACUACUCAACAAGCCAAGCGUCACUAUACACCCGACAACUUCGGCGCCAGAUGGCCAUGACAGGCCGAAGUCUAAUAUGGAAAUGGAGAAUUCGGUGGACAUUGUAGCAAUCACAAGAGCCCAUGAGAAUGGGGGAGAUAAACCAGUGAAGAAGCGACACAUGAUCACGUCGAGCAGUGUGGACGGAAGGCUGAUCACUACCAUCAAAGCUGCAGCAACAGCCAUGGAUUCCUCAGAGCUUAGUGAUUCUGAAUCGGAUGAUGAGUCCACCUCGCUCUCCUCAAUUGAUGAGGACACCUUAAAUAACAUCCCAUCCCCUUGGCUGAAGAGGGACACCCCAGACUCGCCCUCUGUUUAUGGUGACUCUCCACCUACCAAGAAACGGAAGAUGAUAACAGAUGAAGUUUCACUUCGCGUCCCGCUUAUGUACGGGUGGCGGAGAGAGACAACAAUGCGCACAAUCACACAAUCAGGAGUUCGAGGAGAAGUAAUCUACUAUGCCCCUUGUGGCAAGCCCUUCCGGCAAUACCCAGACAUAAUGAGGUACUUGGAGAAGCAUGGAAUAACGGAAGUGACGAGGGACAACUUCAGCUUUUCAAGCAAGAUACCCAUUGGAGAUUACAUUGAUGCAAACUCUCAGACACGCCACAAUGAGAACGAGAUAAGGGAGAGAAUUCAGAAAAUUCGUGAGCAGAAAGGAUACAAACCACAAAGAAAAAAUGAGGACGGCCGAGAUGCCCUAGAAGUGGAGGCCGAGGCCAUCCUCCGGCGGUUAGAGGCCGAGGAGGAGGCUGAGAAGGCUCGGAAGGAAUACCGAGCACAGUUAGAAGAACAACAACAACUCAGCUGGCCCGGCGACUGCUUUGGACUGAUCCAACAAGAGAUACGAGAGGGAUUACAGCGAGAACAGGAAAGAUUAAAGAAACAGGAGGAACUCAGGAAGGAAAAAGAGGAAUUACGGAAACAAAGGGAGGAAGAGAACCGGCAGAGACUCUACGAGCAAUUGAGAAAAGCACAGGAAAGAGAACAAGAAAAACAGAAGCAGAAGUUAAUUAAGGAACAGUUGUAUCUACAGGAGCUCAACAAACAACGUGAAAUGCUCUACACUCUUGAGCUGGAGCGAGAGAGGAGGAGAUACCAUGGCGUUCUAGUGCGUGCCAUUGAAGCGAGGAAAAGAUACGAGGAAAGAGAAAGACGGAGAGAGGAGAUGAAGGAAGAGAAAAGGGCAACCAGAGAAAGGAAGCGUGAGGAGCGUUUGCAGGCGCGGGAGAUCCACCAGCUUAUGAAGGAGGUGAAGGAGGACAUGGAACUGACGGACCACAGUGAUCUACCCGAGAUCUCCCGACUAGAUGGCCUGAGACUGCCCCCGGAGGCAUUUGGAAACAUCCUCAUGGUUUUCGAAUUCCUGCACAAUUUUGGGGAAACCUUAGGGUUUGACAUGGAGUCACUACCAUCAAUUCAGAGCUUGCAGAUGGCUCUCCUGAAUGAUAAUGAAAGCGAGGAGGAGCUUUUGAGUGUGCUGUCUCACUUGCUUGUAUGUGCCAUUGAAGAUCCAGGAAUCCCGUCUGCACAGCGGCAUACCACCAUCCUUGGCCAGACUCUAAACAGAGCUGAUAUCACGCACGCCAACAUUUCCGAGAUCUUGAGAGUUUACCUGAAUGCCAAUGCCACAGGAGAGGUUCGCAUCAUACAUGGUCUUCUGGGCACAGAGAAGGAGCGUCGCGAAAACCCCAAAAAGGCCCAGGAAUGGGAUGCAAAAUUGGCAGAAAUGGAUGCUUACAAGAUGUCCCAGUGGCUGAUGCACCUGCCCUUCCUCGCCCUCAAUCCGACUCAGAAGAGUGAGAUUGUGGCCUAUGUGUGCAAUGAGCUCCUGCAGAACAAGGCAGUUGUGCGACAGAUCGAAGAGUCACUUGAUAGACACAACGGUCUAAAGACGGAGAAGUGGAAGCUGGAUGCCAGGAUCAGAAAACUGCGCAGGAGCGUUGCCCGCAAGAGAAUCUACAAUGCGGCAAUGAGGUCCAUGAUGGAGCACAGGGGAGAGGACUCAAACAUGUCCAACAUCUCUGGCAUCUCAUCCUGCCAGGGAGAACAAGAGAAGGGAGAGAAGAAGGAUAAAGAAGAGGACAAGAUGAAGGAGGAGGAAGAAGAGGAAGAGGAGGAGGAGAAUGAAAGUGGCAACGAGAGUGACAACAUGGAGGAAAUUCCAGAUGAGGAGGAUGACAAACACCUCAAUGCGGAUGAUGCGUCCAAGACCCUAGAACUCCUCCAGCGUCAGAUGAACCAGGUGCGGCAGGAGCUCUUUGACACAGCUCAACAAGUGCGAGGCUUCAACUGUGGCCAAGAUAGGUUCCAGCGGACGAUGUGGGUGUUACCCCACGCUGGAGGUCCCUUCCUGGAAGGCCUGUCAUCGUGUGACUACACCGGAAGAGAACACUUCCCCGUCACAGUUCCCCCAGCAGGUGGGAAGGUUGGCUACACCCUAGAGGAGAUAACAGAGAAGCUGAAGGAAGACCAGAUCAAGAAGGAAAAGAUCAAGGAGGAGCGGAAGAGCGAGGUCAAGGAGGAACCAGUGGUCAAGGAGGAGCAGAUGGAAGUGGUAAAGACAGAGAGUGAGGUGAAGAAGGAGGCGGGUGAAGAGGUGUGUGUGGGAAACGUUGAGAAAGAAGAAGUAGAUGUGAAGCCACCUCUGAAUGGUCAGGUGAAGGAAGAGGAUGAUUUCGAAGUGCCUGAUAUUCCAAAACGAACAGAAAAGUGUAAAGAAGAAAUAGAAAAGCUUGAGGAGACAAAGACUGAUAACCUGAAUGGUGUGAAUGAAUCCAAAGCCAACGGAAACACGACCAGUGAAGUGUACUCGUCGCUGAUCAAUGCCGGACUUAAUCCCUACAUGGUCAAUGGCCUGAAGGAGGGCAAUCCUUCGGGAAGCAGUGAAGGCAUUGACCAGAACCUCCUGGCGACAGGGCUCGGCCUCGUUCCUGGGCAGUACCUGAGACCCGAGCAUGUUGCCCAACGGGAGAAGUUGAGCUUCAGCCUACUGCCACGCAUACCCUGUGAUGUUUCGUCCCUGGAAGCACUGCCAGCCAACCAGACUCCCCAGGCCACCCCUAGAGGAUCACCUAGGGAGGCCUCACCCUUUUCAAGGUACAGCGGGCCACAGAGCCCUGCUGUAGGAGUCUCCCAGAAUUCAGGCAGUACCCCAGGCCCACAGAAUACCCCCUUAGGGCCAAACACCCCUGGAGUACCCAGCACUCCAUUGGCAGUGAGCACCCCAGGAACUGUGACUACGCCAGGGUCUGUGAGUACCCCCAGCUGCAUGAAUGCCACUCAGGGAAGUGUGUGCAGCACCCCUGGAACUCUGAGCAACUCUACAGUGUCAGGGACCCCCGUGUCAUCAAGCAUGCCAGGGAGUGUCCAGUGCUUGUCCCACCGUGAAUUGCUUGAGAGAUUGCACCAGUCAGCUGAGGCUUUGCCUGUCCCAGAUGAGUACAAAACCGGAUGGUGGCAUGUGACGGAUGUGGAGCAGUUGCGCGAGAUGAUUGGGGCAUUGAACGAGAGAGGCGUGAGGGAGAGAGAACUAAAGCGUUUUAUUGAAAAGAAUUUCAGUAUAGUGAAGAAUGCCCUUGCAAAAAUUGACCCAGAGACGGUGACCCUAGAGCCCGACGCUGAGGAGGACGAGAAGGUUUUCUUUGACGAGUACGGAACCCCAGUGGCUGAUGAACCUGCACACUGGUCACCGGAGAUCUCACUCAAGGUGGACCUUCUCGUGCUGGAUACCGUGUAUGCGAUGGAGGAGAAGAUCACAAAUGCAUCUAUGCAGAAUAAGAGUUGGCGUCUGGGUGAAAAUGGAGAGAAGCACAUGGGUGAAUUCCGUGCAUCUUGCCUCUCCCCGGUCGAUGAAAGUGACGCGCGUCUGAACCCCAUUCACGUAGGACGAGAGAGACUCCUGGCGCUCGAGGAGGGCAUUGAAAGAAGAUACCUCAAGCCACCUCUAGGAAUACCAGUGAACCCAAAGAAUGAAACCACGUCAGAGUCAAAGGAGUCUCCAAAGGGCCUGCAGGUGUGGCGAGAGGCAGUGGCCAAGUCUGAAACAGCUGCGCAACUAGCGAUGUGCACCUAUAUGUUGGAGACAGCUGUUGCUUGGGACAAAAGCAUAAUGAAAGCAUACUGCCAGUUCUGCCACAGCGGAGAUCAUGAGGAGAAGCUGCUGCUCUGUGACGGCUGCGACAAGGGCUACCACACACACUGCUUUAAGCCACCAAUGAAUAACAUUCCUGAGGGUGACUGGUACUGUUAUGAAUGCGUCAACAAAUUUAGUGAUAGUUCGCAACGGCACUGCCUGGUGUGUGGCGGGACAGAAGGCCGGACGCUUGUCCACUGCUCGGUCUGUCCAAGAGCUUAUCACACCACCUGUAUCACUCCUAACCUUUCUAAGGUACCUCGCAACAAGUGGGUGUGUCCAGCCUGCACCAGCAAGAGUCCUCGAGGGCGAAGAGGCCGUGCGAAGAAAGUGAGUGAGAGCAACACCCAGGGAGCGGCCAACAACAGUACUACUCCCUUGGAUGUUUCACAAGACGGCAUUGACGAGGCUCAGCCCUCAACCCCAGUCUCGUCGAGCAAAAAGGAGAGAGCCAACAAGAAGAAGGAACAGAGAGACUUACAGGCAUGCAAAAGCAUAGUUCAAGAGCUGGAAGGACAUGAGGACGCCUGGCCCUUCCUCCUUCCCGUCAACACCAGACAGUUUCCCACAUAUAAGAAGAUCAUCAAGAAACCCAUGGACCUCUCCGUCAUCAAAAAGAAAUUGGAGGAUAAUCUUUACAAGUCACGUGAGGAUUAUUGUGAAGACUUGCGGCUAAUGUUCAACAAUUGCGAAACGUUUAAUGAAGACGAUUCUCCGGUGGGCAAAGCAGGCCAUAAUCUCCGUUCAUUCUUUGAAACCAAGUGGAAUGAGCACUUCCCCCCAACUUAAUUCCUUUUUUUAUUUAUUUAUUAAUCUUUUUAUUUAUUUUUUUGAAUUUUUAAGAAUUUAUAUAAGUAUCGUCCUUUUUCUUUUUUCUGAGAAUUUUAAAAGGGGACGUAGUUCCGAGAGAGAAAGAGAGAAUUUGUUUCAAGAUGUUCCUGAAGCUGCGUUAUGUUGAGUGGCAAGCUUAUCACAUUCUUCAGAUGAGGGACCUGAUAAUGAAUAAAAGAUGAUUGGAAGUGAUAAAGCUGUUCCGCUGUUUCAUUCACACGUUUCAAACUAAACUCGAAAUGGUUAGGUUAGAGACGAUGAACAUUCGAGAAGGCGUGUCCACAGAAAUAAAAAAACAAAACAAUAGUGAAGGGACCAGUUUGUCUUCAGAAGUGGGAGUGCGAACUGCGAGUGACUUAACGAGAAUCUGGAGAGCAGACUUCGGACACGGCCCAAAGUUCCCGUGCGUUUUUCAGGGCGAGUGAGAGUCGGGUAUAGGCUCUAUAUUUUUCCUAUUCCAAAGACCCAAGUGUUUUGAGUGAGAAUGCAUGAACAAAAUAUUAAAAAAGAAUUGAGUAGAUAUAUAUAUGUCUUGAGGUGUUUAUGGCGGUGUAGAUAUACAGACUUUUUAAAAACUCAUAAUUAUGGACAAUUUUUCCAAUAUAGAGCAGCUAUAUGCUUCUGCAGUGUAUUGAAGUACAGUUUUUACUACUAAGGUCUGGUAGAGAUUUUAUAUAUGGCAUUAAAGAAGUGCAUAAGUGAUCAAGCAUUUUACAUAAACCUUCCAAUGAAUAUGUAAGAUGUUAAUGCUAAUAGUUUAAAACAUGUACAGAAAAUUGGUUCUCUAUAAGAAAGCUUCUGUUUGGAGGCAAUUACCAAGGAAUGUGGAAUCAUUUUGUUUCAAUGAAUUUCAUCACAUCAAUGGAUAGAAUUAUAUGGUGACAGAAGUAGGAAUUUGUGAACAGGGAAGGAAAAUACUGUGUUCUUUUGUUCUAAUUUAAUUAUUUCUGUUUAUUUGGAUGAUAAGUGGCCUUUGUUAGCAGCAGUGCAGUCGACUUAGACAAAAAGGUUUGUCUAGCGUACAAUGGUGUCUGUGAAUGUUACAUUAUGUUGAAAUGUGUCUUUGUCCACUGUGAAAAACAAAAACAAACAAAAAGAGUUAGUGCUUCAGUGGGAUUUGUUUUGUAACUUACAGAAUACCUCAGAAGAAAAAAAAUCACUUAAAACACACACACAUACCAAAAGGAGAUGAAAAGAAAAGAAAAAAGAGCAAAGGAAACAGAUGGUGAAUUUAACAAGGGCCAAAAAAUGCUCCUGUAUGCUCCUGUGCAUCAGUUCCGAGGCACUGUCACUUGUAUUAUGUAGCCUUUUUGCAAGUCUUGGCUGAAUGAGUGAGGGAAGUAGUAAUACAAUUCAUGUAAAGUGGAAAUGAUUCCGUUAUAGAUUAAAUAAAUCCUUUGGUGCUUACGACGACAUGCCAUUCCUUUACAACGGCAUUUUUAAAGAUUUUUAAAAAUUAUUAUUGUUAUUAUAAUUAUUAUUAUUUUUUUUUUCUCUCUACAAAUAAAGCUUAAUCUAACCAAAGACAGUUUUAUACAGUAUGUGCUUGCCAUUUAAUAACUGCACCAAAAGAGCCAUAUUUGAAAGUUUCUAAUGUUAAGAUCUGUGCAGAAAAAUCAUAAUGAUAAAUGUAUUGAUAAUGGAUGGCCUUUAUUUUUGGCAUAUAGGUUAGUAUCAUUCAGGGAUUUUUAACUUCCAAAAAGAAACAUGGUCAUUCAGAAAGUGCACAAUACAGCAGGUAAGACUUCCUUAUCAUGUUAUUCAGAAAAAAAAGUGAAUAACUUAGGCAACUCUGAAUAUAAUUGCUAAACACAAGUUAUCCAGGUCCAGUCCAGCUACUUUAUAGAUUAUAAAUCACAUUAGUAAGACAUACAAAAAAAAAGAAAUAAAAGAAGACGAAAAAGAAAAAAAAACAAAAAAACACGGAGCCCAAAUGAGCACCAUCUGCCUUAUUUUAAGACUCCUGGGGCCGAAUUCUUUGUGAAUAUUGAGUUUGGAGAAAGACAUUCAGCCCAAAUUAUUUUGAGUAAAUGGCCAAACUGGAAGCUAGUGUUGUUACUUGGCAUUUUAGCACGAAUCUUCCUACAUCCGUGUCCAAUCAUAGCCCUUUGGUGCAUUAUUAUGUUAAAACGAUAUAGUAAUGAUUUUAUGACGUUUUGCAAAUGGCCAAAGUAUAUUAGGAUGGAGUGCUUCACAAUGAGAACUAAUGUCUUUAUAUGGUAGUCUUUGACUCUUCACCUUUUGUAUGAUAUAAAGAAACUGUGUACACAAAUCAUUGUAGGCGAGAAAUGGGAAUGAUUCAAUGUCUUUUAUUUGCAAAUCACCAAAGUUUGUAUUAUUUUGGUACUGGCAUGAUUUGAAUUUCCAAACUCUGCGCGAUCUUGCCGCACACCAUUGAUAAGCAUUUGGAAGUGCUGUGAACAUCGCCAUCUUCAACCUCAAGGGUCGUCUUGGCUGGUGCGUGAAAAUGACCCUUAAGUCACUGGUGCAAAAAGGCCCUUUCCCUAGUUUCUCAUGGGUAUGAUUUGGCAGGGAUAAUAUGUACAUAUGUGCUGUGUAGUAGCCAAUGUAGAGAUUAAUAUUUAUUUACAUGUAGAGUAGAGGCUAUGCAGUGAAUCUGGAAAUACAAGAAAAAAUAUAGUCUUCUGUGUAAUUAGAAUAAUAUUUUUAGAUACUUUAUGGAUAAGAUGUUAUUUUCAUGAUGCAAGCCUGGGACCUUCAAUCCAGCCUUGACCGUCAGCAGCUCUGUAAAAUAUGUAUUAAGUGUACAGGCCAAUUUUUUAGUCAUUACCUGAGAUGAAAGAAGAAAAUGGAAAAAAAAUAUUCAGCAUAUUAUAUUUUUUUCUUUUUUUCUUAAUAGACCUGCUGUGAAUUUAUGUAAGUUUGGAUAUUAUGGCAGACUAUAGGAGGAGGGUAAUAAAGGUGGUGUUAAAUGUAUGUGUAUUUUUUUUUAACUGCUUGAAAUAUAAACAUAAUUUCUACAGUAAUUUGAAAGGCCAAUGGGGCAUUUUGGUGGCCAUAGAUCUUUAUUUAUGUAUUUAUUUUUUUCCAGUAUUUAUUUCUCUGGUCACUGAUAAUAUAGUUGUGAUAGCCGAGUGGUGACUAAAAAAUAUAGGCUCCUCAUAUCUUCCCUCUCCCAAAUUUAAUGUGUAAGAUGUGAUGUAUUUUGAAUGCCAAGACAAAUUUAGGGUGUCAGUGGGUUUUUUUUAUACUCAUCACACAGAAAAGGUUCAUCACAUUGUCUUUCUAAACUUGUGAAUCCCAGCGACUGUAAGAUUUCUAUCUGCUUUUCAUUGUUAAACUAGUAAAGUUUAUCGUUAUGGAAAUACAAAUAAGCAUUCGACAGUCGAAUGUAUUUUACUCUUGAAGAAUUUUUCUUGUGUCUUAGUUAUUCUUUAUUUUUGAAAGAUGGAAUACUAAACUUCUGUCAAGUUAAGGUCACAGACUAUUUUUUCAUAAUCUAUCACAAAAAAAGGAUAUUAAAGUAGCUAUUUUCUCUUUUCUUCAUUGCUGAACUUCCCAGUGAUGCACAAACUGUAAACCAAAACUGAAUUGAAGUUGUUUUCAGUGUGUUUUAUUUCUCUUACUACUAUACCAUAUGUUUCCAGCUUUAUUUGAAAGAGAGCUUGACUCCUGCCGUGACUGUAGAGUGUCUAACUGGCUAAACAAGUGUGAAGUCAGUCAGUACCUUAGGGACUUAGCAGAUGUUAAGCACUCAAAAAAAAAGAUGAAAAGUUUAUAUGAUCACUGAUAUAAGUAACUUGUGAUGCAGAAACACAGACAUGGCUUGAGUGCAAAGAGUUAAGCAGGAUAAGCUAUGAAGAAGUAUAUUCCUUAUUUCCAAGGGCAAUUGUAAUUAUUAUUUUGUACUAGAUCAUUAUUAAAUGUACAGUCAUUAGGUGCGUAUUUAUAUGCUAAGUUGUAUAUUUUUUUGUCUAAAAUCCUUUUGCCCUGAGGUAAUAUGACUCAUUAGUUAAGAAGGAAAGUCCAAAACUACAUAUAUAUUUCCUAGUUUGUGAUGGGGUUUAUAAAUGAAGCUUCAAACACAAAUAUUCAGAUUUUAUUUCUCAUGCAACUGGCAAAACUGACUGUGAAUAUGACGGACCGAUUCCAACAAGAUUGCCUCUGCUGUUGAUCAAUCACACUCUAGGGCUUCAUUCUCAUCCAUUUGGAGGACUGAAAGGAGGCCUGUUUUUUGGCCUUGUAUCGUUCAUUCUUUCAUUUGUUGUAUACAAACAGUUUCAACCUUUGUACAGCAUCUAGUAAUAAAGUACGUCCAAGAA